AUGUUGCAACAGCUUCAGCAGAGCAAUUUUAGAGAGCAGCACGAUGUGCAUCUUCUCAACAAUUUUGCAGCUUCGACUUUGUUGAAAUAUCUGUCCGCGUUGCAGAACUUUCAUGCGUUGAUGCUGGACCUGCGUCUUCAGCUGGAAGGGUUGACAGAGAUGCACUUAGCUGACAUCUUAGUUGCAGGGUGGCUAUCUUGCACAUCCUCCGAGCCCAUGUCAUCUGCUUCAAUGAUUCUGAAGGCACUCAGGGCGGCACACAGCAUGUGGACCAUCCUGACCACCAUUUUCCUGACAGUCACAACAAAUUAUUUUGAUGAUUUCAUUUCCCUGGCCACUGAAUCAGAAUCGCAGUCUGUGGAUUUUACAGUGAAGGCAGUGCUGCGGAUGUUGGGCUGGAAAUUCGCAGAAGACGGCCCGAAAGCACCACCAUUUUCUCCAAAGGUCACUGCGCUGGGUGUAGCAAUUGAUGUCAGCAGAUUGCACCAAGGCCUCUCUCUGAUCGACAACACUGAAAAACGGACAGCUGAGUUGUCAGAGACGAUUGCAGCCUUCACCGACUCUGGUCGAAUGUCCAAGAAGGACGCAUUGAGGCUGCGGGGCCGGAUGCAAUUCGCCUCAGGCCAAGUUUUUGGUCGAGUGGCCAAGCGUUGCUCAGCUUCAGUAACGCAGCGCGCAUACGAAGCUGGAGACGGACGGAUGCCUGAAGCUCUUCGGUCGUCGCCUACCAUAUUUUUUGGAUUGAUCCAGAUGAAAAUUCCCCGAAGUUUGAGUACAAAAAGUACCUCAACGUCGUUCAUUUUUACAGAUGCAUCGCACGAACCUGAUGCCGAAAGAACUACAGCUGGAAUAGGUGCAGUUCUCGUGAACCAUGUGGGAGAAAAGGUGAGUUUCUUCUCAGAAGAAUUGACCGACGAGGUUUUGAUGAAAAUCAAUGCGUCAAAGAGAAAGGCAAUCAUUUUCGAAUGUGAAUUCUUCGCGGUGUUCUGCGCAAUGUGUCUAUGGAAGGGAAAAUUGGCUGGAUGUAACGUGGUGAUCCAUACUGACAACGAUGGUGUAAGGGACUCAUUCAUUUCCUGUCAUACCACCAGUGCCAACGCCUUGCCCAUUCUCAAUGCAUGUCUUCAGCUGGAGUUUGAAGCGGCCUGGAACACUUGGAUAACCAGAGUCCCAACUGAGUCAAACAUUGCCGACAACCCCUCGCGUUUCGAUGUUACUUCCUUGAUCCAAAGUGGAUGUGUCAAAAUUCCCUUUGACCCCCGUUCGAUGUUGCAAAUCAUGUCGGACGGAAAUUGGGGAGGCACUGCGACCUGA